CCCGGCCAAGUCCUGUGCUGCUGCCGCCUCCACCGCCUCCGCCGCCGCCAUUACCAACGCGUCCCUUUUUUUUCUACCCUUAGAGCCACCGCCGACGGCAAUGAUCACGCCGCCCGGAAUUAUGCACCAGAUGUACAAAUCGUAAUGCGAAGAUGGUGUUUUCCGAACGUCCAAUGGUCCCAGUUGGUUCUUUUUGUAAUUGUGCUGUUCCUACUGGGCAGUGUGCACAUUUACAUAGGCCCAAUUGGAGGACUGUCAUCGUUGGACGAUCAGACCGUCGGCGAAGAUACGUCUACACUGAGUCGUACCACAUCGGACGACCGGACUUAUCGAAAGCUCAGGUUUCCCAAGACGAGCAGGAGAUUGCCACAGGCGAUCAUUAUAGGCGUGCGGAAAGGCGGCACACGAGCGCUGUUGGAGAUGUUGUUCAUGCACAAAUCCAUACAAAAGGCAAACGGCGAAGUGCACUUUUUCGACAGAGACGACAACUACGACCGGGGUCUGGACUGGUACCGCAGGCGCAUGCCCUAUUCAUUCCCAAAUCAAAUCACCAUUGAAAAGAGCCCAAGCUAUUUCGUGACCCCCGAGGUGCCCGAGCGGAUCAAGGCGAUGAACUCCAGCGUGAAACUGUUGCUGAUACUGAGGGAUCCGGUGAUCAGAGCCAUUUCAGACUACACUCAGCUGCACAGCAACCCAAUGGCCAACAAGAGCAGCAGGUCGUUCGAGCAGUUGGUCAUACGCGCGGACGGCACGGUCAACACCAACUAUCGGCCGAUCACGGUUUCCACUUACCACAACCACGUUUACAGAUGGUUGGACGUGUUCCCUAGGGAACAGCUGUUCGUGGUCAACGGCGACCGGCUGAUCAUCAACCCAGUGUCGGAGCUAAGGCGCAUCGAGUCUUUCCUGGGCCUCGAACACCUCAUAGGGCCCGAGCACUUCUACUUCAACCGCACAAAAGGGUUCUACUGCUUGCGGUAUCACUCGGGAGACAAGUGCCUGAAAGAAACCAAGGGCAGGAAACACCCAGACGUGCACCCCGCGGUCAUGUCCAAACUCCGAGAACAUUUCAGUCAACAUAAUCAAAAGCUGUACGACGUUCUGGGCCAAGACUUUGGGUGGCCAGAAAAGUAAACGAAAAAUCCGGCACGUCAGGCAAAAUAUAACGGUACUAAUUUGCCGUGCACACAUUUGUUUUUAAGUUUUGUAUACAGGGAAUUUCAUAUUUGUACUGAUCGUAACUCAUCAUGCAUAUCAACGAGUUGUAUCGUUUAUUGGUUUUUAAGUGUAAUUUAUAUAUUAUAUUAUACAGAGCUUUAGUGGGUAUAAAACUAUCUCCGAAAAAGUGUACUUUAACAACUCGAUAAAAUAAUUAUUAUUUGAAAACAAUAACUCUUUCUAAAUACAAUUUUUAAAUAAACUCGACAUUGUAAAAAAAAAAAAUGGAAAACUUUCCUCGCUAAGUUGAAAUAGUACAUAUUUUAUAAUUAUUGUUAAUAAUUGUUUUGAUGUUGUAAGCAUUCUGAUUUGUAUGGUAAGCAAAUCAAUAGUUAUUAAAACAGUAUCUUUUGUUUUUAUAUCCACUCACACAGAACUAUACACCUUUCCCGUGUGAACAAAGAACAUAUCAUUAUAUCAAAUGUUAAAUAUGAUUACUCUAAGUAUUACCAUUAUUAUACAAAUCACUAAAUCAACAAACAUAUCAUUGUUAUUAAAAUAACAUAAAAAGAAACAUCUACUAAUUACUAUGUUUUUUAAAUAUUUAAAUUUAUUUUUUUCUUUUAUAUAAUUAUAUGAAAUUAAUAUUUCUUUAGACGGUGCGCAAGACAGUGUACGCAAUUAAGUUCAAUAUUAUUGAAUAUUUUAUUAUAUUUAGUAUUAACUAUUAUAUUGCAUGCCUUUUUCAUAAACUGCUUAAUUUACUUUAAUGAUAAUCUAGUUUAUCAUUCCA